AUGAGCAAAGGACAAAGACAAAGAGUAAAGUAUAUGCUUCUGGCUGUCAUAGGUAUAAUCAAGCUGUAUCUGAGGGCCGCAGAUGUAUCUGAAUUGAGUGCAAAGCCGUCUGACACACUAGAGUGCUCAAAAGAAGAGAAAACAGGCUUUGUGUUUAACAAUGCGCAGCUGAAAGCAGGAGAACAGGUUGUAGCAGAACAAGAUGCUAAAAAAACCGUAACCAGUCCACUCUGUAGUAUAAGCAAUACAAAGAGUGCUGCUGCACACACAGAGAAUGCAAACCCAAAUAAGCAGAAAGAAUUAUGCACAUUGGAAGGCAUGGUAGACACAAAAAGUAUAGCUGAAAAGAAGGAGAGCAGUAUUUCUGCGCUAGAUGUGCCAGAAGGUAGACACUUAGAGCGUAGUAAUAGCGCAGGCGAACUGGCUGAGUAUGCAAUGGAUAAAAAAAACAGCUCUAAUCUAGUGUUUGAAAAAAAGGAGGAAGAGCUAGCUAAAAAGGAAGUGAAUGCUGCCAUUGAAGCAGACACACUAGAGAUGGAAAUACUGAUGAAGAUGAAAAGGCAGGUAGAGGUGGAAAGGCAGAUAGAGAUGGAAAGGCAGAUAGAGAUGGAAAGGCAGGUAAGGCUGAUGGAGAUGAAAAGGCUGGCAGAGAUGGAAAGGCCGGUAUGGCGGGCAGAGAUGAAAAGGCUGGCAGAGAUGAAAGAUGCUGUAAAGCUGGCAAGAGAUGUCUUUAAAACAAAGAGUAGGGAAUUAGAGGAUUCUAAAAAAAAAUAUGGUAAACAUACGACUAUAUUUAAUAAAAAGAUCAAGGAAAUAAACCCUAUAACUGAGAAAAUUAAUUACCACUAUGGUGCCCCUUCCGAUCUAAAACCAGCAGAUAACACAAUCUCUAAGAAAAAUAAACUGAUAAAAAGGAUUUGUGCCCUGAAUGAUGAAAUAGAUGUACUAGAGUCAGAUAAAAGGGCAAGUGAGUUUUUCUACGAAAUAUUCACUGAUUCCAUGAAAGAAAUAGAAAAGAGUGCAUCCUUCACAAGAAAAAACAUUAUGGAAUACAAUUUACUAGAAGUAAAAGCAGAGAGAAGAACUACUCUUAUCAUACAAUGCUUUUCAGAAAUACUUAAAAAAAUGCAUGAAAGAGAUGAUUUAUUUAUUCAGAAGAAAAAAGAAUAUGAAAACGGCUUGUUGGACAAUGUGGCGGAAGCCAUAGGUUUUAUGUCAUUUAACCCAUUCCAGAUAUAUAAAGAUUUGAUGGGAAUAAAUAUUAUCGGGUUCGGGUUAUAUAUAGCUCGGAUGAAACUUACAGCGGAAGCUAUUAAUAUUGCAGCUAAUAUGCAUGCCAUGCACGAGAAAUUUAUGUCCAAGGUAGUAGAAAAAGAGCAGGCAUAUAGAUCAUAUGAUGCAGCUGAAAGCGCGUGUGAAGAGCAGCAGCGUGUGGUAAACGAGGCAAAUAAGGCAAUGCGCGCUGCAGAAGAAUGUUAUAAAGAUAUAAUUUGA